AUGGAAUUUCGACAUCAUUGGACUGUUUUCUGGACAAAUGGACAAUUCUUCACAGGACUGAGUGAAAUAUGGAAUUUUCGGCCACCGUGGCCUUCAGAAUCAAAAUUAUGGAUCUCCAACAUCAGAAUCUGCACCUAAAAGCAAAAAAUUACAUAGGGAAAAUAGAGAGAAUAGGCUAUGUUAGGGCCCUUAGCGAUGGAGUUACCAGUUUUAACCAUAUUUUUUAAAAAUUCUCGUCUAAUUUUGGUGAUUUCAGUGUCUCCAAACAACGUCGGCCAGGCCUCCGGCCACCGCUCGAGCCCAGCAUCCGAGCGCCAAGCCCAUUCCGCGCAGGCUGAACAACUGCCGGCGGUAAUGGCCCCUCCUCUGGUUGGCCAGCACCCAACCGGCGUCCCAGAGGAGGGUAAAGAGGGGCCAUUCCCAACCACUGGCCCCUCGGGCUUCGGCCCAGAACCGGCCCCAAGAUCAUUGGACAUGGACUUCUCCAGCUUUUCGGACUGCAGUUCCAGUACGAGUGAGGAGCACUCCACACUGCAUGAUGUCCCCUCGAUAAGGUCACUUGAAGUCUUCGAUGAGGGAGCAGCCUGCGAGGAGACGUUAGCGGAUCAAAACGACCGCCUCCGAUUUCAAAGAGACUUCUGGAAGACCCAAUGCCGCACACUUUGGGAACGGCAAGAGACGUUCGAGAAGAAGGUCAAGUUCUACCAAGAAGCCCUGGUAGAGGCGGAAGUUGAGGCCAAGAAGGCCAAAGAAGCAGCCUCCGUCGCCACAAAAAAGACCGAAGAAGAAAGGGCACUGAAGGAAGCGGCAGAAAAGGAAGUCGCCGAACUGCAAGCCCGCCAUCGGCAACACCUUCGGACAGCAGUCGCCGACGGCCGGCCACCAAGGGCCGAAAGAUCGAGAUCCAGAAGCCCGCUGAUGACGCUGAGGACAGCGUGGUCAAUAACGCCGACAACAGCAGAGAUCCUAAGGAUCGAAGUCACCCAGCCCCCAGCGACCCAACACCCGCCGCCACCCGCAGAUCAGGGAUAUGAGGUCCAAGAACAAAACCACGAGGCUCCUGGGCCUUUGCGAAGAAUGGCGAAGUGCAAAAGGCGAUGUUGUUACCAGCCCUCAGCCGACCCUCAACGGCCUCGGCCCCCGCGAAGGUCGAGGGAACUUCAAGGACUUGGUCCAGUGCUUCAAGAAGAGGAUAAUUGCCCAGACGAACACACGCCACGAAGACGCCCACGAAGAGAAAGAAACCCUCCUUCACGGCUCAUCGUGGACAUGUCAAGCCGAUCGUAUCGGACUUCACAAGAGCCCAGGCUGCCUCGUAAGUCAAUUUUUUCGAUAUCUUUACCAUUUUUACCCAAAAAACCCUUUAAAAAUUAUCAAUUUAGCAUUUUUUCAAACUCUAUAUUUACUAUCCCAAUCUUAUAACAUCAAGAUUUUUUCAGGUCGAAGAGUAGUAAAUCCAUACUGA